UCAUAUUAGAGGAUUCAGUUGGAUCUUCGAAAAAAGAGUUCACUCCUAUUCUUCUACUUCUCUUUCUUGGCCGGAAUUUCGGGACUAGAUAACGCUGAAUGACGAGGCGUAACCUCCAUUCCAAACCUAUUUGCCAAUGAACGAACAGCCAUUGUUCAACUCCAAUUCUGUAGUCUUUAUAUAUUUUUAGUAAUAAAGAGAGCGAAAUUUGAAGUUAAUCAGUUGGAUUCGACUCGAUCGAGAGUUGCCGGAGACAAUGGGGAUUCAACCGGAGACGCCGUCGGGGAAUCGUUUGGUCUUUGCUUACUACAUCACCGGCCAUGGCUUCGGCCACGCCACUCGCGUUAUCGAGGUUGUUCGGCACCUGAUACUUGCUGGCCACGAGGUGCACGUGGUUUCUGCUGCCCCCGAGUUUGUUUUUACUUCUGCAAUCCAGUCUCCUAGGUUAUUCAUUCGAAAGGUAUUGUUGGACUGUGGGGCUGUCCAGGCAGAUGCAUUGACAGUAGAUCGCUUGGCAUCCUUAGAGAAGUAUCACGAGACAGCUGUUGUGCCCCGGUAUACCAUUUUGAAGACAGAAGCAGAAUGGCUGAAGUCAAUCAAAGCUGAUUUAGUGGUUUCUGAUGUUGUACCAGUCGCUUGUCGUGCUGCUGCUGAUGCUGGGAUUCGCUCUGUUUGUGUUACCAACUUCAGUUGGGAUUUCAUCUAUGCAGAGUAUAUAAUGGAUGCCGGGCAUCACCACCGUUCGAUAGUCUGGCAGAUAGCAGAGGAUUAUUCACAUUGCCAGUUCCUGAUCCGCCUCCCAGGAUACUGCCCAAUGCCUGCUUUCCGUGAUGUUGUUGAUGUACCUCUUGUUGUUAGAAGGUUGCACAAGACACGGCAGGAGGUGAGGAAUGAACUGGGUAUUGGAGAUGAUGUCAAGUUAGUUAUCCUUAAUUUUGGCGGACAGCCUGCAGGCUGGAAGUUGAAAGAGGAAUAUUUACCCUCUGGUUGGCUUUGCCUGGUUUGCGGUGCUUCAGACACUGAAGAGGUUCCACCAAAUUUCAUUAAGCUCGCAAAAGAUGCGUAUACACCAGAUCUGAUAGCUGCUUCUGAUUGCAUGCUUGGAAAAAUUGGUUACGGAACCGUUAGUGAAGCAUUGGCAUACAAAGUACCUUUUGUCUUUGUACGAAGAGAUUAUUUUAACGAAGAACCAUUCUUAAGGAGUAUGCUUGAGUAUUAUCAAAGUGGGGUUGAGAUGAUAAGGAGGGAUUUACUCACUGGUCAAUGGAAACCUUAUCUUGAGCGUGCUAUUAGUUUGAAACCUUGCUAUGUGGGAGGCGUCAAUGGUGGUGAGGUUGCAGCCCAUAUUUUGCAAGAGACAGCUGGCGGGAAAAAUUAUAAAUCGGACAAGUUUAGUGGGGCAAGAAGAUUGCAAGAUGCCAUAAUUCUAGGAUAUCAACUCCAAAGAGCUCGCGGUCGAGAUCUUUUUAUUCCAGAAUGGUAUGCGAAUGCGGAAAACGAAUUUGCCCUUUCGAUAGGAUCACCAACUUGCCGAGUGGAUGAGAGAAGCUCGCCAAUUGACUAUUCCAUCGAGGAUUUUGAGGUGCUUCAUGGUGACGUUCAAGGUUUUCCCGACUCAUUGAACUUCUUAAAAAGUUUGGUAGAAUUAGAUUCUUUGAAUGUCAAUGAAAACAUUGAGAUACGGCGGGAACAGAAGGCUGCUGCAGGACUAUUUAAUUGGGAGGAAGACAUUUUUGUAGCAAGAGCACCUGGAAGGUUGGAUGUCAUGGGGGGCAUCGCUGAUUACUCUGGAAGCCUCGUCUUGCAGAUGCCUAUAAGGGAAGCCUGUCACGUUGCAGUGCAAAAAAACCAUCCUAGUAAACAUAGGCUUUGGAAGCAUGUACAAGCUCGACAAGAUUCCAGUGUACAAGGCCACCAGACACCGGUUCUUCAAAUAGUAUCUUAUGGGUCUGAAUUGAGCAAUCGUGCCCCAACGUUUGAUAUGAAUCUAUCCGAUUUCAUUGAUGGAGGGAAGCCAAUUUCAUAUGAGAAUGCAAGAAAAUACUUUGGUAAGGAUCCAGCACAAAAGUGGGCAGCAUAUGUUGCAGGGACAAUCUUGGUUUUAAUGAGAGAGUUGGGUGUACGAUUUGAAGACAGUAUCAGUAUGCUGGUUUCCUCAGCAGUGCCAGAAGGUAAAGGUGUAUCUUCAUCUGCCUCCGUGGAAGUUGCCUCAUUAUCUGCUAUAGCUGCAGCUCAUGGAUUGAGUAUCGGUUCAAGAGAUAUAGCUCUACUUUGCCAAAAGGUGGAGAAUUGCAUUGUGGGAGCACCAUGUGGUGUUAUGGACCAGAUGACUUCAGCAUGUGGAGAAGCCAACAAACUACUAGCAAUGGUGUGCCAGCCUGCUGAGGUACUUGGACUUGUUGAGAUACCAAGCCAUAUUCGAUUUUGGGGCCUUGAUUCAGGAAUACGCCACAGUGUUGGCGGUGCAGACUAUGGUUCUGUAAGGAUAGGAGCAUUUAUGGGUAGAGAGAUCAUCAAGUAUACAGCAUCUUCUAUGUUGCCAGUGUCAUCUUUCGUCGCCAAUGGUGUAAAUAAUUAUGAUUCCGAGGGUAAUAGUGUCGAGUUGCUUCAAGCUGAAUCUUCAUUGGACUACUUGUGUAACCUUCCGCCUCACAGGUAUGAAGCUAUUUAUGCUAAGUUGCUUCCUGAAUCCAUUACUGGGAAGGCUUUUGUAGAGGAAUUUGUCAAUCACAACGAUCCAGUCACAGUGAUUGAUGAGAAGCGUAACUAUGCAGUUAAAGCUUCUGCAAGACACCCUGUAUAUGAGAACUUUCGUGUCAAGGCAUUCAAAGCAUUGCUUACUUCCGCAACUUCUGAUGAGCAAGUUACGUCCCUUGGAGAGUUGCUAUAUCAGUGCCAUUACAGUUACAGCGAAUGUGGACUAGGGGCAGAUGGGACAGAUAGGCUUGUACAUUUGGUACAACAAGCCCAGCAUUCUAAGUCUUGUGGAUCUGAAGAUGGGACCUUGUAUGGAGCAAAGAUUACUGGUGGAGGCUGUGGCGGAACAGUUUGUGCCAUAGGGAGAAACACCUUACGCACCAACCAACAGAUCAUCGAGAUUCAGCAAAGGUAUAAAGACGCAACGGGUUACUUGCCCUUUAUUUUCGAAGGUUCUUCUCCUGGUGCAGGAAAGUUUGGGCAUUUGAGAAUAAGAAGACGCAAUUCUUUACAUUAUUCUACUUUCAGUAAAAGAUCAUAAAUCCAACCAUUGGUUCUGACAGAAAAAACGUCACCUUUUAUGUUAUUUAUAUUCAUAAUACUUUACGCAACAAUGUUUUCAUGAAUAAGUUUGGUU